UUUUACAAAUGCGACACAAACUUUGCUGUUAUCAGCUGAGGUUCUUCUUCCUUGUCUGACUUUAUUCAGCGCUGGACUUCAACAUGUCUAACAUGAGUGAUUUUACACCGAAUGAAAUCCAACAAGUUUUCAAAACUUACCUGGAAAAUCCCCUCUUGUCCAUCUAUAAUGACAGUGGGUAAUAUUGAACUAAUCAUGCCCGGACAGGCGUCGGUAACUGUGGCCAUCGGUCCUCAGAAAUCAUCCGCUUUUGUUUUAAAGAAGAUCAUGAAUAUUCCGCCUCCAAACAUACUGGCGGAUCAAGACGACGAUAUCGAGAAGGAGAAACAGGGUUCAACUGGCGAUGGGACAUCCGGCGGCAGCGGUGCUUCGGAGAGCGUCUCCGCCUCUCUCACGCCCACCAUUUGGAACAAGACAAUCCCGUACGAUGGCGAGAACUUCCACCUGGAGUACAUGGACUUGGAUGAGUUCCUGCUGGAGAACGGGAUUCCCGUCACGCUGGAGGAGGAGCUGAGCAAGGGUCUGGUACCCGAGCGCCGAGGCGGAGAUUCGCAGGAUUCCUCUGUGACCUCGGACGAGCCAGCGGCCGUCCCACAGAUGCCCGAGGAGGAGCAGACGGAGGGCGAUGAGGACGAGGAGGAUUCGCUCUCUGUGAGUGAUGCAGCGGAACAGGAAGUGAGCGAUGAGACGACAGCAGACUCCAAACCCGACCGUGUGACGCCCACCCCGAUCGACCCGGAGGAGAUUGAGGUGAACAUUGCGUUCCAGCCGGACCCGACGGAUCUGGUCCUGUCCAGCGUUCCUGGAGGAGAGCUUUUCAAUCCACGGAAACAUCGCUUCUCAGAGGACGAGCUCAAACCGCAGCCCAUGAUCAAGAAAGCCAAGAAAGUGUAUGUUCCCGAAGACGCGAAGGAUGAUAAAUACUGGUCACGGAGGAAGAAGAACAAUGUGGCGGCGAAGCGCUCGCGGGACGCCCGGCGCCUGAAGGAGAACCAGAUCGCCGUCCGCGCCUCCUUCCUGGAGCGGGAGAAUGCCGCGCUGCGACAGGAAGUGGCCGAGCUGCGGAAAGACUUCGGCCGCUGCAAGAAGAUCAUGUCGCUGUACGAGGCCAAAUACGGCGCGCUGUGAGGGACACACUUCACCCCGGACACACAUCAGUCUCCCUUAUGACUCACACCGUUACUCAGCCGGGCCGUGUGGGAGGUGGACGAGAGCGACGCGAGCAAUAGUGUUUUUAAGAAGAUCUAGAAGUGAAAGGGCACAAUAUAAAAUACCACAGCAUGACCUUUGACCCCUCAUACCUCAUUCUGACCCUCUCCACCACCCUCAAUGUGGCCCGAGCAGCGAGUUUAGAGCUUAUUCAGUGUGAAGAAGAGAUGAAGACGGCAACGUGAGCUGAACGAAGAAGUCGGAAAAAGUUUCCACACAUCAAAUGUUGGCGGAAAAUGAGAGUCCGAGAGCGUUCGGUCACAGCAACUGUGAUCUUACGGCUCUUUUCGGCUAGUUUUUAGCGUGUUUCCUCCCAUUGUUUGCACUUGACACAUCAUUUAUGUUUGUGUACAGGAGGUUUGUCGCAGAGAACAAGCGCAUGCUACACAAUAUGAAGCAAUUAUUUUCUUUAUUCUAUAAAAAAACGAGCGCAAGUGCGGAUCAUGUCUGAUGACGUGAAGAGACAGAAGUCUGUAAAUACGCUUGUGUCUGUCUGCUACACGUUUCUCCAAGUGUCGUCGUUCUUCCAGACUGAUCUCGCCAUAUUAAAGUGACAUUUUUAAUCACAUCUUUCCGAGGGCGUUGUUCAAACGCAUCUUUGCAGCAAGAGAUUCGGGCGAUUGUUUGAGGAUUUUAACUGUGAGCAACUAAUCGACUGGAUCUGUUUUGUUUUCAGGGUUUAAUCCAGGGCAAUAAUACACAAUUCAUCUUUACCUCAGAUUAGAUGUUUCUAUCUAGUGGAUGUUUUUAUUAUUUUUAACUUCAAAUGUUGGUGUUAUGUUUGUUUGCUAUAUAGUCAGGCAGCUCAGCGUCAGUCAUAAAACACAAGCAGAAUGAAUUUCUGUGCAAUUAUUCUAAUUUAAUGCAUUUAUUCAUUAUUUAAUGCAUUAAUAAUAGUAGUAAUAAUAAUAAUGAUGCAGUGUUAGAUCAAUUCUUGCAUUUGUAAAAUCAUUGUGGCAUAAAUGUGAUUGGUUUUUUUGACAUGUAAACCGUGAGUUGAUGACAUUAGUCUCGCUAGUUUUUCGUUGGUUUUUCAAAGGGAUGUUUCUAAAAACGACAAAAUGUCAUAAUGUGCUUCCAGUGUUUUAUGGAUUUUGAUAGAUUAUUAGUUAUGUAGGUUUGUUUUCAGUCCUCAUAAACAUCAUGAACGCCACAAAGUGUGCUUACCUUUUUUUUUUUGAAGAAGAAGAAGAAGAAGCUAUGAAAACAUAAUUUUAAUUUUCAUAUAUAUAUAAAACUAAUGUAAUACUCUGUCAGGAUUGUGUUUCUGUAAAACGGGUUACAAGCACUUACAGGCAAAAAUUUUGUAUAUUAAUGAGACGUUAGUGCAUGCUGAUGUCAUAGUGAUGCUGUGCAGUAGGCGUGUCUUUAUCUUCCAUACAUACAUAUAGACUGUUUCAACAGCAACAACACAAACAAACGUUUUGUGGCCCAAACUUAACUUCUGGUAGACUUCCACAGAGAAUCAAUAAUAUCAGAGUCCCUCUAGAGUAGAUUAUUUCUGAAAACAAGCAAAACAUAUAAAUAACACGUACAUUACAUUAUAGCUAGCAAGUUGAAACUAUGUCUAACCAGUAUUAUUUUGGGUUAGAAGAAAAGUAUUACUCACCCAAAAAUGAAAAUAAUGUAAUUAUUACUUACCCUCA